CUUUUAAGUUCUUUCACAGAAUUACACUCCUUACCCUUCAGUUCACUUUUGAACUUUUAUACAUUAGCUUUAUUUUUAAUCCUAUUCAUUGUUACUCAUAUAUAUUUACAUCCAUCCUUAUAAAAAAUCUGACGGACGGACGGACAAAGCGCGUUUUCCAAAGCAGGCAGAGGCACAGUCUGUACACAAAAUCUACACCCAUCCUUUUCAAUGACUUCUGGCCGCCGCAUCGUUACUCGCAUACUUAGGAUAUACUGGGUCGUCCUGCUCCUUAUUGGCGAGAUUGGACUCUAUCGCUGGCACAUUAGCAGGUGUAAAUGGCCGAGUCGCGAGAAACUGGCCGAAGCCAGCCCCGAUUUCGUGCACGUGGCGAUAGUUGCUGACCCGCAAAUUGUCGACCAUUACUCGUACGGGCAGUCAGGUUUUUUUCUUCGAACAGUCGAGUUCUUCACUGAUAUUUACAUCCGCAAGUCUUAUCGGUUCUUGCAAACCAUCCGCAAUCCCUCGGCAGUCAUAUUCCUCGGUGACCUGAUGGACGGCGGGCGCGAAUGGACCGACGAGGCCUGGCACAAGGAGUACGAGCGCUACAAGAGCCUGUUUGUCAACCGCUCGCCGCAGAGAAUGCGCACCUAUGACAUGGCCGGCAACCACGACAUUGGCAUCGGAAACACUGUUGUGCCGCACGCACUCGAGCGCUUCCACAAGUACAUUGGCCCGACCAACCAGGUGCUCAACAUCGCCGACCAUGAAAUUAUCCUGCUUGACACGCUGACUCUGGAAAAUGACAACCCACAGACAAGCAAUUCCAGCCGCCAACUGGUGCAGCAGCUAUCGGAGGAUCGCAGCGGCGACAAGCCCCGACUGCUGUUCACACACGUACCGAUGAGCCGUCCCGACGGAACGUACUGUGGAUUCGAGCGCCAGAGCAAAAUAAAGUUUCUGCCGAACCGCCGCGGAUACCAGUUCCGCGACCAACUUUUUGCAAACACGACCCUGCGCUUGCUCGACGCCAUCCGACCCAAUGCUGUGUUCAGCGGUGACGACCAUGACUCGUGCACGGUCGAACACAAAAUUCCCUCGUCGCAGAAUACGACAACCGAGUACACGAUCGGCGCGUUUGGCUGGGCCAGCGGCGUGCCCAUUGCCAGCUACGCGCUGAUGACGCUGUAUCCGCGGACAAGCAAGGUAAAUGCACAGUUCCAGGUGAGGCGGUGCUUCUUGCCGUACCAGCUGGGCAUUUACGAGGUCUACAUUGCCAGCUUUGCCAUGUCUUUGCUUGUUGUCGCUGUACUGUGCUACCGGGGCUCGCACAGCUACCAUCCGGCGGCAUUGUACAGCCAGAUCAACCGCGGCUCGAGUGAUGCGCCCGAAUGCGAGAGGCAUCUUGUCUACUUCUCGUUGCCGUCGUCAGAAUCGUUGUCCCCGUCGCCGUCGUCGUCGCUGCCGCUGCCCGUGAUCACGCCUGGCAAAUGGUCGUUCAGCAAGCGCGGAUUUUUUGCCCAGUUCCUUAGCAUCAUGAAGGAGAUCAUUUGCGUGGCAGUGCCGACGUACAUCCUGUGCCUGUCAUACUUUUACGUGUGUUAGAUUAAAGAAAAACAAUAAUUUUCAAGGCAGUCAAAAUCAAGCGAAUUAUGUGUAAAUAAUUUUAUG